AUGCUCCGAUCUCUGCUUCUUCUCGCCUUCAUCAGCUCCGUUUCCAUGUACUCCUUGGCAAAAGUGAGGCUCUUUUUGGGAAUAAACACGUAUAUUUUCCUUCAGGCCGAUGAGCCAAACGUGCUUUGCAAUGGCUGUCAGUUCGCAGUGAAUCUUGUGGAAACCCAGCUUAAGAAGAUUGAGACAGGGGCGAAAAAGGACCUAACCAUUUUUGCAGAUGUGAGUGGGAACCUCCCUUUUCGUAACUUUUUUUGCGCUGCCGGCGCGUAGCGACGAGCUGUCAACAUUGAUGAAACAAGAAAAAAAUGGAUCUUUUGAGCAAUUUUUCACACAGAUGUGUUCUAUAGAUUGGAGUACACUUAUGUGAAAACUACGCAUUUGGCACGACAAUAUCUGAUUUCGUAUUUUCAGAAAGCCUGUGCCAAAGCCCCCAAACUGGAAGUGUUCGACACGGUUUGCUCGAAAAUCAAAGACGAUCUGAUCGACAUCGCCGUGCAGCUGAUCGAAUCGCUCGAACGACAAGUCAGCGGGAACGUCACGUGCAAGGCACUCAAAUUCUGUACCUAG